AUGUCGGACACGCUAUUGACGUAUCUACGCGCCAGUUUGCCCGCCGAAGUCGCCCGGCUAGCGGGAACACAUCUGAAGCACCUCGAAGAAGGCGAGUACAAGACAUUACUGGAAUCUGAAGAAGCUCGUAUAUUGCUUGGCCAGGAGAAUGACACAGAAUUGUCGUCUAUCACACCGGAAGACUUCAAAAGCUGGAACGAUUUUGUAUUCCAUCGCCUGGGGGCCUUCUGUGGAAACAGGACACAGCCAGAAAGACAGGUCAUUCUCUUCUGCAUAGGAUAUGCUGCAUUACUAGCCUUCGUGCAGGCGAACGUGACUGGACCACCUCUGGAGUUCCAGCCAUCCGCGCUUGUAUUGCCCCAGACCGAUGGCUCUGGUCACGACAGUAGGCAAAAAGUAAGGCAACAACUGUUAUCCAGUCUCACAGUAGACGGCAUUGCUCCUUACAAAUUGACGCCGCACAUCGAGCUUCUCUGUCUUGCUGAUGCGGUCAUGACAUGUCCAGCAGUACUGAAGAAUGUCAAAGCAGCGAGAUGGGCGAAGAUCAGAGUCGCCUUCCUGCAGCAAAGACUGUUGUCGGAAGUUUCCUCGACCCUGCAGAAUGUCAUAUACGACGACAUUGAGCUUCUCCUCGAGGACUUCAAAACGUACAGUGGCGAUCGAGCAAACCUUGAAGCAGAAUUUCUGCUCGAGCGGGCAACGAUCCAUACACAUCACAGCCUGGACAAGUUUGCACGAGCUGACCUUGAUCAAGCCAAGAACGAUCGCAAGUUUGAGUUCGCCCUUACUGGUUUGAUGGGAAAGCGGACGAAGUUUCAACAGAAAGACACAAGCCAGCUUCUUGUGCUCGCGAAGAGCCAUCUUGACACAGAGUCUGCCACGACCGCCGGCGCACAGUCACAAACGACAGCUGAGAACGGUAACGAGGAGAGCACGAGACCUGCCAACCUGGAUCUCAACGAUGAUACUUUGCUGGAAUCCAUCUCUUUCACAGAAAAGCCGUCCGAGGCGCCACUUGCCGAGUUCAAAGAUCGCGAAGACUUGCCGCCCUCGUUGAGAGAGCUAGAUCCAUCGGACCAGCCUCAGCUACAACCACUAGAUUCCAUCAUAUUACUGUCACUUGCAUCCUCCAUCAAGAACACGUCGCCUGAGGAUGGCUUGACUAGGGAGGAGACUUUGCCAUACGCAACUCGCGUUCUGGAAGGAGGCAGUUCCAACUGGCAAGUCUAUACACAAGCGCUGUUGGUACGAAGCAGGAUUGAAGGGUACAGGUCGCGGACAGUUGAGCGUGGGCUGCUUCAAUUGCAGACACUAGUCGACCAAGUAAUCGCCGAUACCGCCACUGAAGGUUCAUCAGGGGAGGAGGGUACCGAAGUGUCUGCGCCGAAAACGACAUCUUUCCUACCCAAGGCAAAGGAGUCAGAGAGUGCCCCUGUUGCCGAGCGCAUCAGGUACAUAUUUCAGCUUGCAACACCCACUAGGUGGGAGCUCGAGGCAGAGCUUGCGACUCGUUGGGUACAGCUAGGGGGAUUGAGAUCUGCUCUGGAGAUCUAUGAGAGACUCGAGAUGUGGGCAGAGGCCGCUUUGUGUCACGCAGCAACGGAGCGUGAAGAUAAAGCCAAGCGUAUCGUGGGACGGCAGCUCUUCUAUGCCACCAAUGAAGGUCCGGACACACCAGCAAGUGAGAUCAGUGACGAGGAGGAGUGGACAGGACCUGCUCGUGAACCGCCACCGCUCGACGCGCCACGGCUAUAUUGCAUUUUGGGCGACAUCGAUCAGUCAAUUGAGAUGUACGAGAAGGCAUGGGAAGUGUCGAACGAACGUUAUGCCCGCGCACAGCGUUCCAUCGGACGGCACUUCAUCCAAGCCGGCAAUAUGGUCCGCGCAGCAGAAGCUUACAGCCGGAGUCUGAAGGUCAACCAGCUGAAUCAACAGAGUUGGUUUGCACUAGGCUGCGCUCUUCUGGAACUCGCACAGUUCUCCAAAGCAGUCGAGGCCUUCUCCCGUUGCGUACAACUCGACGAGACGGACGCCGAAUCAUGGUCAAAUCUUGCCGCUGCCCUCCUCCACACCGACCCAGAGGAUGAAGCACAUCCUACCGAGUCAGUCAAGCUGGAUGACGAGGAUGAAGCGGUCACGUCAACAACGACCGCCGCAGAACGCGCACAAAACAUCCGGAUCGAGGCUCUGAAAGCCCUCAAACGUGCCGCCUCCCUCAAACACGACUCGUUCCGUAUCUGGGAGAACGUCCUCAUCGUGGCUGCCUCCAUCCGGCCGGAACCCGAUUGGACUUCCAUCCUCUCAGCACAAAAGCGCAUCAUCGAUAUUCGCGGACCUGCCGACGGCGAGAAAUGCAUUGACAUUGAGAUCAUGACGAAGCUCGUAAACCACAUCAUUGCCACAAGCGAUACAUACGACCCCUCUCAACCAGGUCUCACCCGUAUGGUGGUCAAGUUCGUCGAUGAGACCGUGGUGCCCCUGAUCACAAGUUCCGCCGAACUCUGGCAUAUUGUCGGCAAACUUGCAUUGUGGCGAAACAAGCCGUCAACAGCUCUCGAUGCGGAGGAGAAAGCUUGGAGGGCGGUAACGAGUCAGCCGGGUUGGGAGAGUGAUAGCGAGGCGAAGUGGAACAAUGUCGUGGAUGCCACUGUGAGACUGGUCGAUGCGUAUGAGAGUCUGGGUCAGAGGGAGAGGACGGAGGGCAUGGCUGCAGGAUCUGGAGAGUUAGUGGCGAAGGAUUGGAAGUUCAAAGCUAGGACUGCCAUAAGGGGUAUUCUUGGAAAGGGAAAGGAUGCUUGGGAGGAUGGCACUGGCUGGGAGAAGUUGAAGGAGAGUAUGGAGGGGUUGAGGGGUUGCAGUCUGGCUCUGCAUGCCGGUCCAAUAUGA